GCUUCUUUCCUGCUGUUAGCUUGACGUCGCUUUGACCCGCAGACCGACGGUGUCAGAGUCAGGAAACAGGCAGAACCGAGCCGAACCACCGCAGCUCAACAGAGAGAUUAGCCGGUGUCCCCGGCGCUGAGCUCAGGGUUUAUCCGGGGAUGGAAGACCCUCCCCGGAGGACAGACGUCGCCUGAACCGGAGCCGCCGAGAAACGGUUUCACCGUUCGUUAGGAACGGGCGAGUUUAUCCCCGAGAUUCCGGUCGUUUUUGGGCAGGUAGUGGUUAGCAGAACCUCGACUAGCUGUUCCGUUAGCUGCCCCGGAUCCACCAGCCGUUAACGGGUUAACUACCGAACUAACAGGUUCGGGUGGGUCGCAGCGGAGGGCGGGAAUGGGUCUUUUUCACCUCCCGAACGUUGGAUUACACGUGUGAACCUGGUCCGGUUCUAAUCCCGGGGUAUUGCCUUGAAGGAGACACCGGCGGCCGGCUGCUUCUGCUCCCCGCCCCAGAUGUGGAGCCAAGUUCGGGCUCGGUAUGGCCGCUGAGCGGACAUGGGAGGCUGGAGGAGACUCCCGACGGGAAGAAUCUCUGCUCUGAACCCGGAGGAGAGGAGUUUUAUUCCGGCGAUCUGGUGUCACUGAAGCGACCCGGGUUCAUCGCACCAGAACCGGUCUGAUUAUCGAAAUUUUAACAGAAACUGUGUUUUUACUCUGCGGAGGAGAUGAAGAGGACGGAGAACAAGAACAAGAGGAAGAUGAGCAGUUUGGAGCAGCAGGAGAGCGGAGAGGAGCAGAAAGAUGAGAAGGAGUUUGCGGCUCCGCCCCCUCUGCUCUUCAGGAAGCUGAGCAAUCCCGACCUGUCGCCCGCGGCAACCAGCGCCACCAAGUCCAAACUGCACCGGCAGCUGAGCCAGGAUGAGAACCGGGCCCGCCGCAGCAGCCUGGCUAUGACCGAACCCGGUCCUGAUGGUCCUGAUGGUCCUGAUGGUUCUGAUGGUUCUGAUGGUUCCUCUGCCCCAGGGAAGCAGCUGCUGCCUCUGUCCUGCAGCCUCCACGGCGGGGUCAGCCAGCUGCUGGGGCCCCCUGGUGGCCCCGUGGCCCCGGCCGGUCCGGCAGGCGGCGAAGGAGACGGGAACAACCUGGUCCGGAUGAGGAGCCAGGUUCUGGGCCAGUCAGCACCCUCGCUCAGCGGACUGAAGGAGCUGAGUCUUCCCAGAAGAGGCAGCUUAAUCUGGUCACCGGCUCAGCUGCGUUGCCACGGCAACAGCAGCUUCCUCCUCCAUCACCUGCUGUCCCCCACCUCCUUCCACCCCUCUGUCGAUCAGCCCUCCUCUUCCUCCUCCUCCUCUCCCUCCUUUCCCUGCGACGGCCCUCUCUCCGCCCCUGCUUACCUGCGAGGAAACCCCUUCCUCUGGAGCUGCCGGGCCAGCAACAGGAAGAGUCUGAUCGUGACGUCCAGCACUUCCCCGACUCUUCCUCGGCCGCACUCCCCCCUGCACGGACACACAGGCACCAGCCCACUGGACAGCCCUCGCAACUUUUCCCCCAACACAGCAGCGCAUUUCUCCUUCGUUCCGGCGCGCAGCCACGGACACAGAGCCGACAGGACCGAUGGCCGCCGCUGGUCUCUGGCCUCGCUGCCGUCCUCCGGAUACGGAACCAACACGCCGAGCUCCACCGUCUCCUCCUCCUGUUCAUCUCAGGAGAAGCUCCACCAGCUGCCCUUCCAGCCCACGCCGGACGAGCUGCACUUCCUCACCAAACACUUCAGCUCUGAGAGCGUCACCGACGAGGAGGGCCGCCGCUCGCCCGCCAUGAGGCCGCGCUCCCGCAGCCUCAGCCCGGGACGCUCGCCGGUUUCCUUCGACCACGAGAUCAUGAUGAUGAACCACGUCUACAAGGAGCGCUUCCCCAAGGCCACGGCCCAGAUGGAGGAGCGUCUGGCCGAGCUGCUGGCCUCGGCGGCGCCGGAGAAGGUGCGUCCGCUGGCCGACGGGGUCCUGAGCUUCGUGUUCCACCAGCUGAUCGAGCUGUCCAGGGACUGCCUGGACAAAAGCAGAGAGGACCUCAUCACCUCCAGAUAUUUCUACGAGCUGCAGGAGAGUCUGGAGAAGCUGCUGCACGACGCCCAUGAGCGCUCAGAGAGUGAGGAAGUGACCUUCGUCACCCAGCUGGUGAAGAAGUUGAUGAUCAUCAUCGCCCGGCCGGCCCGACUGCUGGAGUGCCUGGAGUUUGACCCCGAGGAGUUCUACCACCUCCUGGAGGCGGCCGAGGGUCACGCCAAGGAAGGCCAGGGCAUCAAGUCCGACAUCCCGCGAUACAUCAUCAGCCAGCUGGGCCUGACCCGCGACCCGCUGGAGGAAAUGACCCAGCUCAGCAGCUACGACAGCGGGAACCCGGAGACGCCCGAGACCGACGACUCGGUCGACCGCCAAAGCACGGCCAUCACUGCCACGCCGCAGACCAAACCUAAAACGCCCCGAGAGGAAGACUUCGAGAACAUCAAGCUGAUCAGCAACGGGGCGUACGGGGCCGUGUAUCUGGUGCGGCACCGGGAGACCCGGCAGCGCUUCGCCAUGAAGAAGAUCAAUAAGCAGAACCUGAUUCUGCGGAACCAGAUCCAGCAGGCCUUCGUGGAGCGGGACAUCCUGACCUUCGCCGAGAACCCGUUCGUCGUCUCCAUGUUCUGCUCCUUCGAGACCCGGCGCCACCUCUGCAUGGUCAUGGAGUACGUGGAGGGUGGAGACUGCGCCACGCUGCUGAAGAACAUCGGCGCUCUGCCUGUCGACAUGGCGCGGAUGUACUUUGCCGAGACUGUCCUGGCUCUGGAAUAUCUGCACAACUACGGCAUCGUGCACCGAGACCUCAAACCUGACAAUCUUCUCAUCACGUCUCUGGGACACAUCAAGCUGACGGACUUCGGCCUCUCCAAGAUCGGCCUGAUGAGCCUGACCACCAACCUGUACGAAGGCCACAUCGAGAAGGAUACCCGGGAGUUCCUGGACAAGCAGGUGUGCGGCACGCCGGAGUACAUCGCCCCAGAGGUCAUUCUGCGGCAGGGCUACGGCAAGCCGGUGGACUGGUGGGCAAUGGGCGUGAUCCUGUACGAGUUCCUGGUGGGCUGCGCGCCGUUCUUCGGAGACACGCCGGAGGAGCUGUUCGGCCAGGUCAUCAGCGAUGAGAUCGUGUGGCCGGAGGGCGACGAGGCGCUGCCUCAGGACGCCCAGGACCUGAUCGCUAAGCUGCUCCACCAGAAUCCGCUGGAGAGGCUCGGGACAGGAGGAGCCUUCGAGGUGAAGCAGAACACGUUCUUCACAGAUCUGGACUGGAACGGUCUGCUGAGGCAGAAAGCCGAGUUCAUCCCUCAGCUGGAGUCUGAGGAUGACACCAGCUACUUCGACACUCGUUCGGACCGGUACCACCACGUGGAUUCAGAGGAGGAAGACACCAACGACGACGAACACGUGGAGCUGCGGCAGUUCUCCUCCUGCUCGCCGCGCUUCAGCAAGGUGUACAGCAGCAUGGAGCGUCUGUCUCUCCACGAGGAGAAGCGGACGCCGCCGCCCACCAAGCGCAGCCUCAGCGAGGAAGGAGGUGACUGCGUCGACAGCCUGAGCGGACUCAAGACCCGGGACCGGUCCUGGCUGGUCGGAUCGCCGGAGAUCCUGCGGAAGCGUCUCUCCGUCUCCGAGUCGUCGCACACGGAGAGCGACUCCAGCCCGCCGCUGACGGUCCGCAGGCGCUGCUGCUCCGCCAUCAUCGAGAUGCCGCGCUUCGCCAUCUCCGCCGAGGAGGAAGGAAGUCCAGCAGGGGGCGCCGGCAGCAGGAAGAGCCCCAGCCUGCUGGGCCAGGCCGCGGUGAGGGGCCUGCGCUCCGAGGAGCUGCCGCUCUCCAUCCCAGAGCUCCCAGUGGAGCGGGAGCUGAAGCUGGAAGAGUCUCCCACCACGCCCAGUUCCACCAGCAGCCAGCAGAGCAAGGCCACGCUCACACCAGGAAGCUCUGGCGACAGCAGCGAACGAGGGAAUGGCGGCGCAGCGACCAAGGCGGCGGCGGACGGCGACUCUCCGUCCACGCCGAGGGCCAUCAGCGACCUGGCGGCCCGCCGCGCGCGCCAUCGCCUGCUGUCCGGAGACACAGACAAACACGGGGCGAACGGCGGCGCCCGGCCGUUCACCAAGGUCAUCAAGUCGGCGUCAGCCAAUACGCUGUCGCUGGUGAUCCCAGGAGAUCACCACGGAGCGUCGCCGUUGGCCAGCCCCAUGUCUCCACACUCGCAGUCGUCCAAUCCGUCGUCGCGGGACUCCUCGCCCAGCCGCGACCUUUCCCCGGCCAUCAGCAGCGUCCAACCUGCCAUCAUCAUCCACCGAACCGGGAAGAAGUACGGCUUCACGCUGAGAGCCAUCCGCGUCUACAUGGGAGACUCCAACAUCUACAGCGUCCAUCACAUGGUCUGGCAUGUGGAGGAGGGCGGCCCGGCGCACGACGCCGGCCUCAAGGAGGGCGACCUGAUCACCCACGUGAACGGCGAGCCGGUCCACGGCCUGGUCCACACUGAGGUGGUGGAGCUCAUCCUGAAGAGUGGAGCCAAGGUGUCCAUUUCUGCCACGCCGUUUGAAAACACGUCCAUCAAAGUCGGCCCCGCACGCAAGACCAACCACAAGUCCAAGAUGGCGAGACGCAACAAGAAGACGAAGAGCAAGGAGGGACAGGACAGUAAGAAGCGGACGUCUCUGUUCAGGAAGAUCACCAAGCAGGCGUCGCUGCUGCACACCAGCCGCAGCCUGUCGUCGCUGAACCGCUCGCUGUCGUCCGGCGAGAGCGGCCCCGGCUCGCCCACUCACAACCUGUCGCCGCGGAGCCCCACGCAGGGCCACAGGUCCACUCCGGACUCCGCCCACUCAGUGGGAGGGAACUCGUCCCAGAGCAGCUCGCCCAGCUCCAGCGUUCCCAACUCCCCGGCCGGCUCCGGCCACAUCCGGCCCAGCUCGCUGCACGGCCUGGCCCCCAAGCUGCAGCGCCAGUACCGCUCCCCCCGCCGCAAGUCCGCCGGCAACAUCCCGCUGUCGCCGCUGGCACGCACGCCGUCGCCGACGCCGCAGGGCAGCUCGCCGCAGCGCUCGCCGUCUCCGCUGCCGGGCCACACCGCCGGGCCGGCCUUCCCCGUCAAGCUACACUCCUCCCCGCCGCUGGGCCGCCAGAUGUCCCGGCCCAAGAGCGCCGAGCCGCCGCGCUCGCCGCUGCUCAAGAGGGUGCAGUCGGCCGAGAAGCUCGCCGCCUCGCUGUCCGGCUCGCCGUCAUCGCCUGCCGCGGUGGGGGCGGCGGCGCGGAAACACAGCCUGGACGUCUCACACUCUGAGUUCAAGAAGGAGAUUCUGCAAAGGGAGCCGAGUCUGCAGAGCCUCCAGGAGUCGGGCAACGAAGCGAUGCUGGCGCCCGCCGGGCGCGCCGUCGAGCACAGCAGCCUCCACAAACACGCCACCGCCUCCAGGAAGCUGGGCCGCCAGGAGGGCGAGGGCGCCGUCGGCAUGGCGACUGGGUCGCUGGGCCUGACCCCUGGGAAGAGCAAGCUGAAGGACAAGCUGUCGGCCAUCCGGCAGGACCGCGCCGAGCGACGGGAGUCGCUGCAGAAGCAGGACGCCAUCCACGAGGUCGACUCCUCUGAGGACGAGACGGACGACGGCUCCGAGGACAGCCAAGAUGGCCGCCGCGCCGCCGCCUUCACGCCGCCGCCGCUGCUGAGGCCCACCUCUGUCCGGACCGGACCGGCCGGCACGCUGCCCUCCCUCUGCCACCUUGGCCACGUGCCGCCGGUCGCCAAGGCGACUGCGGACCGACCGGCUCAGAGCGCCGCCACGGGAAAACCGGAGAGGAACGCUCCGGAACCGAGCGGAGUCGCUGGGCCCGACUUGGUUCCCUCCAGCUUCUCCACCCCCGGCAGCGCCUUCAUGUCCGUCAGCAAGCCGCCCCCCCAGGCCGACGCCCAGGGCCCGAAGCCCGCGGCGCCCCCCGCAGGCGGCGAGCCGGCGCGCGCCUCCCCCGGCGUUCCCAAAGAGCAGAAAGAGGCCGACAACCGCCGGCUCUGCGCCGCCGCCACGACCUCUGUGACCUCUGUGACCACCCCAGCUCCGCCUACCGAGUCCGGAAUGGACCGGGUCGUGUCUCAGAUCGCCACCGUAGCUAAGAGCGUCCUGGGUCCGGCCAGAACCGCGCCGCCCAGCAGGGCUGCCUCCAGAACCUCGGCCCAGUCCGACCGGGCCGGGUCGGAACCGGCCCACGCCCCGGCCGACCCGCCUGCCGGCAGGGCGACAUAGCAGCGGAACCGGAGCUGCAGAACUGUUCUGACCCGGUAGAUCCAUCCGGCCCGGUUCCGACUGUUUUCUGUUACUUGAGUGUUCUGAUUCCUGCUUCAGCCAAAACAACCUGAGUUCGGGGCUGCGGACCUAAUGACGGCCUGGUUCUGGAGACGGUUCUGUGACCCGUUAAUGAGCGUCCAGAACCAUCCGGACCCGACCUGGGAACCGUUUCACUGCAGCCUAAUCGGAGCAGAACCCUGACCCGAUCCCCUCCGUCGUUUUAAGGUUCUGUUCCAAACAGAACCGACCCGAAGUUACAAUAAAAAACGUGGACCAGCGCCACCUGCAGGCCGGACGUCGACCCGAUUUCAGAUCAAACAGAUUUAAUGUGAUUCCUCAGAAACGUGUAAAUGUUACAAGGCCCCCUGCUGGUGAGUCUGAGCAACUGCAGCCAUUUACUCAAAGACUCCCAGUAAAUAAAAAAUAUUUUUUAUGUCCCAAUAAAUAUUAAUAAAAGUUCAAAAUGUUGAAAUAGAAAAGUCAAAUUAAACAUGCAGAACCUCUUAUGGCCACCAGGGGGCAGCUCUGGUAAAUAAGCGAUAAAAUGACUUCCUGGUUCUGGCGGAGGUGUUCGUUUGGAUCCAAGCUGAGCAAACAGGAAGUUUUCAGGCUUGAUCACCAGGAAGCUGCUCAGCAAACGGUCACCUGCUAGCAUGCUAUGCUAACCGAGGUUAUCGCUAAUCGUUAACUUUGCUAAAAUUCAGAAAUGUCUCUUUAAUGAGCUUAAAGCUACAAAACCCAGCAGGAUGAGGGAGAUUCGACUUGUCGCAGCGCCACCUGCUGGGGAAAAUCCACUGUUACCUUCAGUUCUGGGAGCUUCCUACGCUAACAUCUCUCUGGUUCUGAUGUGGUCCAGUCAGUCACCUCGUUCUGGACUCUGUCAGAACCCAGAGCGCCCCCUGCAGGUCGGACCUCCGGACCGCCGUGCGUUUGGUCUCCAGCCCCGACUGCGGUUCCCUUUGGACCAACUCGCUGUGUUUCUGCCUCCAGUCCUGUGAAGUCACUUCCUGUGUGUGUGUGUAUUUAAGGAGUUUUUACCCUGUGUGUGUUUUGGGGUCAAUGUUCUGUUCGGACCCGGCACCGGUUCCGAGUCGCUCUGCUUUUCCUCGUGUUCCGACCCGGCAGUCCGAUGUUUACAUGUCCUUCAUCUCUUCCAGCAGGUUCUUUACGGCCCGUUUGGCGCCAUGGCGCCCCCUGCAGGCCGGUUCUGCUCCAGACCCGGUUGUUGGACGGAGCCGGUUCUGACAGGCUGCCGGAAACGGGGCGACACUGGGCCUGUUUUUAUUUUCUUUGUCACGUUUGCCUCUCUGUGUGGAUGUUUCUGCUCAGAGACAGAACCGAACCAGAGAUCCGGUUCCAGAGUCCAGACUGCUAAGCGCUGACCCGGUCAGCUGCAGAGAACCUCCAGAACUUUCAUUUCUGAUCAGAUAUCAGAGUAAAAAGUCUGUAAAAUUUAUAAAACCUGCAGAGAAAAAAACUGAUUUUAUUCUGUUUUUCACUCAAACAGGAUUUAAGAUUUUUUUUUUUGCUUCCUCCAGAAUCACCCGGUCGGGUCGGGUUAGACCUUCCUGUCCGGACCCGGUUUUAUCACAGGGGAAAGCAGGAAAUGGAACCAGUUUGAGUGUUUUCACCUCUGCAGCCGGUUCUGGUUCUGGUCCCAGUUCCGGGUCUGGUUCUGGUUCUGAUUCUGGCCCCUAAGCAUGGAGGAGCCAACGGUCCGAUCCGCUGAGGUUCUGGGAAUGAGAAGAACCCGUCUCCAGAACCGGAACCUUUACUUGGGGAACAAGCUGUUACCGACCGGGUCCGAGAGCCGAGGCGGUUCUGACCCGUAGAGGAGUGAAACCAGUGCAAUACGUUUUUAUUUUCUAACGUGGUGAAAAGCAUGUUGUUGUCCGCCGAACCUUGCAGUAAUAAAGUUUUUUUUAAUCAACA